AUGUUUGGCGGUGACGAACUAUUUGACGUUUUCGACAAUGAUUCUGCAGACCUCCUCAAAAAACCUAGAAAAGAUCGUUUUAAAAAGAGAUACGCCAAUGGAAGUGCACGACCGCCGGAGAAAGAUGAUUCUGAUGCAGGAUCAGUAACGGAACCUAUGCUAGUAGAUACAGAAAACGGAAGUGGUGCGGCAGCGAAAAGGCAGCGACGAGAAGGAGAUCCUAUUACAACUGACGCUUUCGAAAUCGAGUCGGUGAGGGAAGUACCAGCUUCCAGCGGAUUGGGCUCUCAAGAGAUCGAGGGACAGUCUAUCAUCAUCCCACAUCAGGUCCGACACCAAGUCUCAUUACCAACAGACUACAAGUAUUUACCUAUUGAGAAUCACAAAUUUGUUGAUCCUCCAGCCCGGAAAUAUGAGUUCGAAUUGGAUCCAUUCCAGAAAACCUCUGUAGCGGCGAUUGAGCGUGGAGAAAGUGUUUUGGUCAGUGCACAUACGAGUGCGGGAAAGACAGUCGUUGCAGAGUACGCCAUUGCGCAGAGUUUACGAGAGAACCAAAGAGUCAUCUACACCAGUCCUAUAAAAGCGCUCAGUAACCAAAAAUACCGAGAAUUCUCUGCAGAGUUUGGUGAUGUUGGAUUAAUGACUGGUGAUACUACCAUAAAUCCUUCGGCGACAUGUCUUGUGAUGACAACUGAGAUUUUGCGGUCGAUGUUAUACAGGGGUUCUGAAGUGAUGAGAGAGGUUCAAUGGGUCAUUUUCGACGAAAUCCAUUAUAUGAGAGAUAAAGCUCGUGGUGUUGUUUGGGAGGAAACAAUCAUUCUCUUACCAGACAAGGUUCGCUACGUAUUUUUGUCUGCUACCAUUCCAAAUGCCAUGCAAUUCGCCGAAUGGAUCUGCAAGACACAUAAUCAGCCGUGUCAUGUUGUCUAUACAGACUUCAGACCCACGCCAUUACAAAAUUAUUUCUUCCCGGCCGGCGCGGAUGGUAUUCACCUUGUGGUUGAUGAGAAGGGUGUAUUCCGAGAAGACAAUUUCCAAAAAGCUAUGGGUUCGUUAGCGGACAAACAAGGUGAUGAUCCGGCAGAUAUCAAUGGUCGCAGGGGUCACGGGAAGAAAAAAUGGGCAACGAAAACCGGAGGGAACAAGAGCGGCCCCUCAGAUAUUUACAAAAUUGUUAAGAUGAUUAUGGUCAAGAAUUAUAACCCAGUUAUCGUCUUUUCCUUCAGUAAACGAGAGUGCGAAAGCCUGGCGCUCCAGAUGAGUCAACUUGCCUUUAACGACGAAGCUGAAAAAGACAUGGUUGGUAAAGUGUUCGGAAACGCAAUUAGUUCGUUAUCGGAGGAGGAUCGGGGUCUUCCACAGAUUCAACACAUUUUACCACUUCUCCGCCGUGGUAUUGGUAUACAUCAUUCCGGAUUACUUCCCAUAUUAAAGGAGGUCAUUGAGAUUCUCUUUCAAGAAGGGCUUAUCAAGGUGCUGUUUGCCACCGAAACCUUUUCUAUUGGAUUGAACAUGCCUGCAAAGACGGUAGUCUUUACGAGUGUACGCAAGUUCGAUGGGAAAGAGCAGAGAUGGGUGUCCCCUUCAGAGUUUGUUCAAAUGUCGGGCCGUGCCGGUCGUCGCGGACUUGAUGAUCGUGGUAUUGUUAUUCUUAUGAUUGAUGAGAAAAUGGAACCUCAUGUUGCCCGCGAAAUUGUCAAAGGAGAACAGGAUCGCCUCAACUCAGCCUUCUAUCUCGGAUAUAAUAUGAUCCUGAAUUUGAUGAGAGUCGAGGGCAUCUCGCCUGAAUAUAUGUUGGAGAAAUGUUUUUUUCAGUUCCAAAAUACCGCCGGUGUUUCGGGCUUAGAAAAGGAACUUGGCGACUUUGAAAAUGAGAAAUUAAACAUGAUUAUCGAGGAUGAGAGCGUUGUACGAGAGUAUUACGAUCUACGACAAAAGCUCGAUACAUACGCUAAAGACAUGCGAGACGUUAUUAACCACCCUAACUACUGCCUGCAAUUCAUGCAGCCUGGGAGAUUAGUCAAGGUCAAAUACCAAAACCAUGACUUUGGAUGGGGUGCUGUGGUUAAUUAUUCCAAGAGGAUCCGUGGCAAGUCUCAAACUGAAGAUUAUCCACCUCAAGAAUCAUAUGUCGUUGAUGUCCUACUAUGCCUCGCAGCUGAUGCACCAACAUCUGCCCGACCAGGCUUAGAUCUCCCCCCUGGCGUCAAGCCCCCUGGACCUGGUGAAAGUGGGAAGAUGGAGGUUGUUCCUGUGUUACUUUCCUGUCUCGAAGGAAUUGCAGGUAUCCGUAUUUUUCUGCCCAAGGACAUGAAGUCACAAGACCAGCGGAAUACUGCAAGAAAGAACAUCGAUGAAGUGAAGAGACGCUUUGGCGAUGGUAUAUCUGUGCUUGAUCCUAUUGAGAAUAUGGGUAUCACAGAUGAGUCUUUCAAGAAUCUUCUUCGAAAAAUCGAAGUUCUCGAAUCGCGGUUAUUGGGGAAUCCUUUGCAUAACUCUCCACGCCUUGAGGAUCUUUAUAACCGCUACAGCUUGAAGGUUGAAAUCCAAGACAAGAUCAGAGCGACAAAGAAAAAGAUCACGAUCGCCCACUCAAUCAUGCAACUAGACGAAUUAAAAUGUCGUAAACGUGUAUUGAGGCGUCUUGGAUUCAUCGCCGGGGACGAUGUCAUUCAGAUGAAAGCGAGAGUAGCUUGUGAGAUCAGUACAGGAGAUGAGCUACUCCUUGCUGAACUUCUCUUUAACCGCACUUUUAACGAGCUUACACCUGAGCAAAUCGCAGCCCUCCUAAGUUGCUUUGUUUUUGAAGAAAACAGCAAAACUGAUGCGAAACUCCAAGAUGACCUCGCAAAACCGUUUCAAGAGCUACAGUCGCAAGCCCGGCUCAUUGCUAAGAUCUCAGCAGAGAGCAAGCUCCCAGUUUCGGAGGACGAAUAUGUUCAAAAGUUCAAACCACAACUGAUGGAAGUUGUUUAUACCUGGUCGAAAGGAGCUUCGUUCGCUUCCAUCUGCAAAAUGACAGAUGUAUACGAAGGAAGCUUAAUUCGCAUGUUUAGGCGCCUAGAGGAAUUACUGAGGCAGAUGAGCCUAGCAGCGAAAGUUAUGGGCAGCACUGAAUUGGAAGAGAAGUUUGAUCAAUCGCUUGAAAAAGUUAAGAGAGAUAUCGUAAACGCAGGUUCUCUCUAUCUGUAA